GGUAGUAUAUACUACUGUGAGGGAGGGGCGAGCGUAGUCAGUGUGGCACCAGCUACCACAGUGAGAGUAACGUUAUGGAGAACACCUUCCCUGUGCUCCAUGGUCUGGCUGACCUGCGUCUGGAGACGCAUCCCAUCCCACCUCUCAAACCAAAUGAUGUGUUGAUCCGCAUGUCCCAGGUGGGGCUGUGUGGGUCAGACCUCUCCUUUGUAUACAAGGGAUAUCUGGGGGACUGUGUGAUGGAGCCACCCGUAGGUGUUGGUCAUGAGUGUUCUGGAGUAGUCACCAAAUGUGGCCCCGCCGUCAAGAACUUCAAACCAGGUGACCGGGUUACCAUAGAACCAGGUGGUCCUUGUCGCACCUGUGACUUGUGCAUUCUUGGCAAGUAUAACGUGUGUGACCAGGCCAGCUUCCACUCGUCCGUGGCGCUCUACCCGGGCUGCCUCGCUCGGUACUACGUUCAGGAUGCUGACCUCUGCUUCAAACUUCCUGACAACGUGAGUGACGAGGAGGGCGCCAUCAUUGAACCUCUGGCUGUUGCUGUCCAUGCAUGUCGCAGGGCUAGUGUUGAGCUGGGUUCAUCUGUACUCAUAUGUGGUGCUGGUCCCAUUGGUCUCCUCUGCCUCUUGACUGCUAAGGCUAUGGGCGCCACCAACAUCCUAGUUACUGAUAUCAAAGAGAAUCGUCUUAAGACUGCUAAGAAUAUCGGUGCUCAUCACACACUGCUGGUGGAUGACAGUGACCCCAAGAUUCUAGCUAAGAAGGUCAAAGAUGUAAUGGGUUGCAUGCCACCCAUAACACUGGAGUGCAGUGGCACACAGUCUGCUAUUACCACCGGUAUCUAUGCGACCAGGUCUAGUGGAGUGAUAAUGUUAGUAGGUGUUGGAUCACCUCAAGUAACAUUGCCACUUGUUCACGCUGGUAUGAGGGAAAUAGACAUCAGAGGUGUAUAUCGUUACAUCCAUUGCUACCCAGCUGCCAUUGCCAUGAUUGCUAAUGGACUGAUUGAUGUCAAGCCUCUCAUUACUCAUCGCUUCAAGUUUGAAGAGUUCCAGAAAGCCUUUGAUAUGUUCCAUACUGGUGAAGACGGAGCCAUCAAGUGCAUGAUCUCCUGUGACUAACUUCACAAUAACAACUUCUGAAUGAAUCCUUUGGAAAUUUAUAUAAAACUUGAAUGUUAUUGUAUAAUCAACAGGCAGCAGUAGAGAGAGUAGAAAUUUAGUAUGUAAUUCUUAUUGAGUGAUCUUGACUACUAAAUUAAGUGAAAAAACAUUAAAAAAAGUUAUACCUACAGUUGUAAUGCAUUAAAAUUAAUUAAUACACAUCUAAGUUAUAACUGCACUACUCCAUUUAAUAAAACAGUCUUCAAUUACAAAGAUAAUAAAAAAUGGUUUUA